AUGCUGCGCCGAGUGUGGGGCUUCCUGUUACCCACAGUGGCCGGCCAGGAAAACAAAUCCGACCGCCUUUUCGAAGAGCUCUUCCGGAAGCUGGACCACCACGGGAACGGCAUGGUGGACAUCACAGAGCUGCAGAAAGAACUGGAAGCUAUGGGCAUCCCUGUGGGCCAGGAAGAAGAGGUGGGCCUUGGUGCGUUCAGGCCGCCCGCAGUGGGAGGUGCCGCAGGCCCGCUGGAGCCCUUAGGACUGGGGGAUGGGGUUGAAACGCCGAUGGAGGGUGGGAUACUAUUAAAAUCUGUUGAUAUUAAUGCCUGCAAUCUGCUGAACCUCAGCACAUUUAUGCAGUACCUUAAAGAUAAUGAGAAGACGAUGAGGUGGACUUUUAAGAGUUUGGACACGAAUAAUGAUGGAGUGAUUGAUGCUUCAGAAAUUAUUGAUGCUCUUGACUUAAUAGAUAUACAUAUUUCUGAAGAAGAGGCAGUGAAGAUUCUUGAAAGGCACAAAACAGCCAAUGGGGAUUCAAUGGGAAUUGAUAUGGGAGAAAGAUGGACUUUUCAUGAAUUAACUGAUGAAGAAAGAAGCUCUGGUCUGUUAGGGAGGUAUCUGUUGGCUGGAGGCAUAGCUGGUACUUGCUCUAGAACAUGCACAGCACCGUUGGAGCGUCUAAAAACCCUACUGCAGGUUUUAGAAGCAAAGAAUGUGAAGAUAAUAAACCAUUUCAUAGAGAUGGUCAAAGAGGGUGGAGUCAUUUCUCUGUGGAGAGGAAAUGGUGUGCAUGUUCUCAGGAUUGCUCCUGAAACAGCUGUUAAGGUCUGGUCAUAUGAACAGUACAAGAGGUUUCUUUCUUCUGAAAGAACCAAAUUAGAAACUUUUGAGCAAUUUGCUUCUGCUUCUUUGGCUGGUGCUACUGCACAAUCUUUUAUUUACCCCUUGGAGGUUUUAAAAACUAAUUUGGCCGUGAGUAGAACUGGGCAGUACUCUGGGAUUUUGGAUUGUGCCAGGAAGAUUUGGAAAUUUGAAACGGUUACAGGCUUUUACAAAGGCUAUGUCCCUAGUCUUCUGGCUGUCAUACCAUAUGUAGGCAUAGAUUUUACUAUUUAUGAGCUUUUGAAGACUCAUUUACUAAACACUGAUACAGAAGGCCCUGGGUUGCUGACUUUGAUUGGAUAUAAUGCCUUCUCUAACUUUUGUGGUCAGUUUAUCAGCUACCCCCUGCACCUAGUGAGAACUCGCAUGCAGGUUCAAGGCAUAAUGAGAGGCCCACAGCUAAAUAUGAUCAGCGUCUUUCGUCAAAUUUAUAAAAGCAGUGGAGUGAUGAGGUUUUUCAGAGGCAUGACUCCAAAUUUCUUAAAGUUGCUUCCUUCAGUAUGCAUAAAUUGUAUGGUUUACGAAUCAAUAAAACCACUCUUGGAAAUAGCAUAG